GAAAGCCUCGCUGCCGUGUGACAUCCAGCCACUCCAUUCUGAUGACGACGUCGUCAUGGUACUGUGGUUCAAGGAGUCUGAUGGCGAUCAGCCUUUGUACAGCUACGACAUCAGAGGUCGUUCUACAAACCAGCCAAAACUGUGGUCCUCUCCCACGGUUUUUGGAAAUCGCGCGUUCUUUCGCGGCAGCGCCACACCAGCUGUCCUGAUGGUGGACAACGUGAUAGCAUCAGACGCUGGCGUCUACAGAUGCAGGGUCGACUUCAAGAACUCUCCAACACGGAACCUUAAAGUUAAUUUUACAGUUAUAAUCCCACCAAACAGACCAACGAUAUAUGACGUCAAAAGAAGAGAUCGAACGAAACUGGUGGAGCCUUAUAACGAGGGCUCAAACGUGCUUCUUAUUUGCGAAGUGGAAGGCGGUCGACCAAGACCCAGGGUCAUGUGGUUUCUAGAGAACACAGUGAUCGACGAUUCGUACGACCAGCGAGCUGAUGGCAUCACCGUGAACACCCUCACCUUCCCCAACGUGGGCAGGCAGCAUCUCAACUCACGACUCAUCUGCCAGGCUUCUAACACCAACCUCGCACCGCCUGAGAGCAAAGUCUUGAUACUUGAUAUCAAUUUGAAACCGAUAACAGUGAACAUUUUAACGAAAGAGAAGCAAGUGUCGGCUGACAAGAGGUACGAAAUUGAAUGCAAGACGACUGGCUCGAGACCGGAGGCGUAUGUCACUUGGUGGAAGAACAAUAGACAGCUGAAGCGGAUGGCAAAAAACUUCUCCGAAAAUAACGAGACGUUAAGUGUGCUGAGUCUAGUGCCCAGCGUGGAAGACGACGGGAAGUACCUAACAUGCCGCGCUGAGAACAAACACAUCCCCGACUCAGCGAUCGAAGACAAAUGGAAACUGAACGUGCAUUACGUUCCCAUUGUUGAUUUAAAGAUGGGUUCGAACCUAAACCCUGACGAAAUCAAGGAAGGCGAUGAUGUGUACUUCGAGUGUACUGUAAAGGCUAAUCCGAAGACACAUCGCUUGGUGUGGUUCCGUGGAAAUACAGAGAUAUACCACAACGAUGCGGCUGGCGUGAUCCUGAGCGCGCAGAGCUUGGUGCUGCAGAAGGUCACCAGGGCUGUCGCGGGCGACUACACCUGCAUGGCGGCAAACAGCGAGGGCAAAGGCACUAGCAACCCUGUCACACUGCUCAUUAGAUAUGCACCAGUAUGCGCGGAACGACGAGACGGCGAACUCUUUGGAGCUUUGAAGCAUGAGACAGUUUCAUUGCACUGCUCGGUCGACGCCAAUCCGGCGCUGGUUUCCUUCCACUGGACCUUCAACAACUCUGGAGAACAGACCGAAAUCCCUCCGAGAUUAUACAGUAGUCACGGUCACACUUCGACCCUGAACUACACUCCGACCACGGACAUGGAGUACGGAACCCUGGCGUGCUACGGGGAGAAUGCAGUCGGCCAACAGAAGGUGCCUUGCAUGUUCCAACUAGUGGCAGCUGGUCGGCCGUUCCAUCUUCAGAACUGUACUGUGGCCAACCAAAGCCUCGAUUCUCUAUACGUGGAGUGCGUAGAAAACUUCGAUGGUGGGCUGCCGCAGACUUUUCUAAUGGAACUGCUCGAGCUACCCUCGCUCACGGUCAGGUACAACGUAUCCACUAACAGAACACCACCCUACUUCGAAGUGAAGGGUCUUCCGCCUGGAGUCAGCUACAGGAUUGACUUAUACGCUGUGAACGCGAAGGGAAGAAGCGAUGUUUCCACCAUUGAGACAGUCACUUUGAGAGGACAGGCUAAAUACACAGGCGAGAGCAAUACCCUGGGCAUGUCGCCGGUGCUGGCGUCCAUCGCGGCCAUGUCGGCUCUGCUGGCGGCGACAGCGUGCGGGGUUCUGGCUGUAUUAUAUCGUCGGCACGCGACAAGGCACCGGCAUCUACCCGCUAAACACGCGCCGCUCAGUGAAGCGAUGUACGUGGAGCGCGCCCCGAGCUGUCCGACUCCUGUGAAGCAGGAGACGGAGUCUAGGACGAGUAGCGCGGAGCCCCGCGAGCGGCCGGACGGGCGCGGCGCGCGCGGGGCGCUGCUGCACACCACCGACCCCAGGGACGCUGACGACGCCGAUCCUGACAUUAUACCUUGUUUGUAUGAGAGGAGGCCGGUAUCGAACGGGUACAUGAGCCUCCAAAGACCUCCGUCCACGAGUAAGAUAACAAAGCUGAACGGAGACGACGUUCGCUCCGAGCCGGACGGCGGCGCGUACUACACCGACUAUAGGAAGAAAGAUUAUAAAAUACCUAUAACUAGUUCGUAUCAUAGUUUAGGACGUGUGAACAAGGGUGUGAACGCGUGCAGCCCCAGUUCCGCCACUGGUGUGACAUCAUCACUCACCGCCCACCGACUUCGGCCCGAGGUGGUCACCACCUCCCAUAGGGUGCAAGAGAGCUGUAUAUAAACCCUCCAGUGUAAAUAAUUCUUAGACGUUGUGGAGUUAUUCUUGAGUGAAUGAUCAUUGAUGAUGAUAAUCAUUAAGCUGAUCUUAUUGGAUUUGAUAAAGACGAGUUAGAUGGGGCAAUUGCACUUAAAAAAAAAGAAAUACAAUUUGAUGAUUUGCUGUCAGAUAAUGAUAAAGGUAAUUGCUGGAGACGAGGGUCCUAAUCUAAUAUUGUUUUCGUCUGAUAUGGCGAUUAGACGAUUAAGGCUAUCGUCCAUCACGCUGGUUAACGUGGAUUAGCAAACUUCACAUGUGUUUUUUUUACUUAAAUUACAUUCUUACUAUCAAUCCCAUAUUGUAUACUAACCUGCUGAUUACCCAUCUCUAAUACAUAUCAAAAUUCGUACGGUGAAUAUUUUGUAAGCAAUAUUGCGUUUCUCUGCAUGAGUGUAGCAGACCGAAUACAGUUUAAGACUUCGGUUUGAUAUCAAUUUCAGCAAUAGUAAAAAGCUCGCCCUAUACUAAGCCAUAAGAGUUGGUAAAAUGUUCGUUACACUUCUGCCUACGCCUAAAAUAGGAUCAAGGCGUGAUAAAUGAAUGACUACAAUUCAUUAAAUAAAAGCAAGAGUAACUCCCACAACGUUUUAUUUUGUAAUGACUGUGUUCCUUUGUAUUCCUAAAGAUUUAUAAGAUUAUGUCGGUGUGAAUAAUUGUAAGUAUGUAAUAUAUUUGUCGCGAUCCAAAUAUUUAAAUGAAAAAUGUUUAAGUGAAUGAUUGUGAAUUUGUAUUUUGUGUGUCUUAAUAAAAUUAAUGGACAGAGGAAAAUGUUUUACAAUAGAAUACAUUAUGUUAAAAACAAUACUGAUUCACGACAGCGCUAGAAAUAAAGGGACUAUUUGCACAGAAUACAGAAAUCCGAUGCCAAAACUGUGAUCGUAUCUUUCGGGCUAGAAUCGGUCUGAUAAGUCACCAGCGUAGGUGUAUAUCGUACCUUGCAUCUUCUACUAACGCUACUUAAUCAUCUCUCGUAGAUGUUAAUUGCCAAUGAUGAUUUGUACAUAAAUAUUUGGUAGAAGGUUUAACACAAACACUUCUGCAUAAUAGCAGUAAUAAAAGAUUUUGAAAAUUCAAACCUU